AACUUGCAAGGAAAGAGCCGGGCUGUCCUCGCAUGGCACUCCAGAAUUAUUGAGCCCGAGAUAGUGGCGGCUAUAAAGCUGCUCGUGAUUAUUCAUUUUUUUCUCGAAGAGAGAACACCACUACAGUCAUCAUAGUUAUCGUUGUAACCCAGACAUUGUGAAAAGAUAUUGUUUCUUGUGUUUAAGGUAAUCGCCAGAAGAAAAAAAAUCCUAGUUAACGUGAAUGAAUUGUACAUACAAAUUUCACGUGUUUUGCUCAAAACAUUUCCUGGAUAUUUUUGCUGUCUUUACUGCGGGGGCUCAGAACGUGACGCCUUAUCGCUGGUUCCCAAGGGCGCCAGAAAGAAUGCAUCUUCGAUCAAUUCCGUAAACAUACUUGUGUUUCAUUUUGUUGGUUAUCAACUCUCAAGAAACCAUAAAACACAUUCAUCGCUUACGGAGAUUGCAAAGGACGUUGGGUGCUGUGAAGAUGGGCGCCGGUUACAACACCAGUGAGGGAGCGCUGAUGAGCCUGAACGACUACAUCGUGGCCCAGCAGGUCGUCGCCUACAGCGGCAUCCUCAUCUCCAUCUUCGGCACCGUCAGCAACUGCAUCAACAUCAAAACAUUUCUCGCCAUGGGCAUCAGAGAUGGAGUCAUUGUUUCUUUCCUCAGUUUGUCCAUCUCUGAUCUUUUGACCUCGAUCAUGACCUUCAUCCUUAGCGUAUGUUUAGUGCUUCAUGUUCUGGAGAUUUCCAAGGGGAUCAUCUUUUCCCACCAGCCUCGCAUGCUGGCUAUUUUCGCCGUAGAUCUCGGAUUCAUGACUUACUUGGUCACAGUUCUGACCACUAUGUACAUCGCUGUGACUCGAUGUUUGUGUGUAGUAAGACCAUUGCAUUUUAAAAACACGUUUAGCCGUUCUCGUUCCAUCGCCAUUUUGGUUUCCUUCAACUUUCUCGCGAUAUCUAGCUACAUUCCUCUGUUCGCGAACCAAGGAGUCCAGAAACAGUUCUCUAAAAAGCUGAACCGUACACGAUUCGACAUUUGGUUGAGCCCAGAGAGGGAGAAAAUCAAAGAUGGGUUGUUCCUUGUAACUCAGACCAUUAUCCCCUUUGUUACAGAGUUCGUUAUUAUUGUUUGUGUGAUGGUCAUGAUAAAUAGUUUGCGAAAGGCGUCUCGAUUUCGAAAGUCGGCAUCAUCGGCAUGGACCUUACCCUCCAUCCAAACUGGAAGGCUACAACACGUAGAAAAGAUGAAAGAAAAACAAACCAGUCCCAGCAUCGUGGAGAUUUCCGAACUGUACCAAGUCGCUAUUGAACAAGACACUGACACCCAAAACAAAACAGUCAACAACAGAGACGAUGAAUAUUUUACAGACACGCCAAGCACAGAGUGUAGCGAACCAGCGCUAGAGAAUGUGGCAGACAGUCAUUGUUCUUCGACAACAAAAUUGUCGUGUAUCAGUUCUGCGUAUUGCAUAUCGGAAGGGCUUAUUUCAACACAAGAUUUUGAAAAAACGAUCCCACAAACCGAUGUGACCAUUGUUACAGAAGUCAACAGAAUAAACUUGCAAAAUGUGAAUGGUAGGAAGACUUCAGGACCGCUGAACCCAACUCCGAAAGAUUCCCAUGACUACGGCAGGGAGCCCAUCCUGGGCCUAAGCGGGAGAGACCUCCAGGUGGUGAACCAGGUAGUGCUCAUCAGCGUCAUCUUCAUCGUCCUAAACACCCCGUCUAUGGUCACAGGCGUGGCAGGCGUGCUUGUGCCCGAAUUUGACGCCAACUGGGAAAAGGAUAAAUACGUUCGUCUCUACCUCUUCGCCAGUUUUCUGAGGAGGGUUUUGGAGCAGAUCAACUGCUCUCUCAACAUAUUCAUUUACUUCAGAUUUAACAGCAAGUUCAGAAAUUUUUUACAGCCGAAGUGUAUUGGGCGGUUUGGACAGCGGUUUUUGGCACGGGAGUGUUCACAAGUUGAGCGGUGAUCCGCUGCUUGGCUCUUGAUAGUAAUCAGGAAUGACGUUACAUUUUUUAAUAUAUUACAUUUUUUAUAUAACUUCCGAAAAAAAAGACCCGCACAACUCUCCAACAAUGUCUUUGUCUGACCCAUGGAUUCUACUGUCGUUUGUCAUGGGCGGAACAAAAGACAUUCCUGUCUUUUGGAGGAUUAAUAUUACUAGAAUUCACACUCUAUUAUUAUGUUUAUGUACCCACCAACUGCCAGGCAGGCUGUAGACAAGGAAACAACCCUCCCCCCCUUUUUCCCUCUUCCCGCCCCAAAUCCCACUCCUCGAAACAUUUUGGAUAGAAUAUUGAAUUUAGUGGGAGACUAACGUUUCGACCCCAGUAUCUACUGUGCACGUUACUAGAUCUGUAAUGUGCACGGACACUUGGCUCGGAUUUUCAGAUUUUAGAUAAUAUUUUUAUAGUUCAUUGUUUAAGGAAACAGGACUGCCGGGGCUUCAAACACUUCUCUGGGUGUAUACCGACUCACAUCAGUAUGUAUAGACAAGGUGUGAUUUGACUUUUUUGGCUGAACAUUACAUUAUGAAUACUACAUGGAAUAUAGAGUUUAAUAUUAUACGAAAGCGUAUAAUAAUAUAUGCCCUACGCAAAACGUUUCCAAACUUCGGCCAUGAUUGUGAUCGUUUCACUUUAAAGAUGAAUGUGUCAUUUAAUAACUGUAACAACUUGUUCUAAUCUUCUAUAACAUUUCUAAUAUAUUUCUUUUCUCUGAGCAUAAUUAAAGGCUGUACAUGUG